CAAGCGCUUCUGACCAAUAGACAGCAGCGCGAGGCGGAUCUCAGGUGCGCGCCUCUGCGUCCUCGCGGCUCUGGCGCGCUGGGGAGCCGCCUGUGGCACAGAGUAGCUGUGGAAACUAUGGCGACCGCGGCGUCCAACCACUACAGCAUCCUCACGUCCAGCUCGGAGCCCGGCAGCAUGCAGCAGACGCCGCCGCCGGCCUACAGGGACGCGCACAGCCUUCUGCAGAGCGAGUACACCACACUGCAGAGCAGCGGGAGCACGCUCGGCCACGCGCACCAGUGGCUGACGGCGGCGCUGUCUCACGGGGGAGAGGGGUCGCCGUGGCCCGCCAGCCCGCUAGGCGAGCAGGACAUUAAGCCGGUGGAGGAACUGCAGCAUUCGCCGAGACAGGCGCAUCUGGUGCAGCAGAGCCAGCAGCAUCACGAGGCAGGCGCUUGGCGCGCGACCACUAUGCCGAGCAUGAGCACCUCCAACGGGCAGAGCUUGAUCUACUCUCAGCCCGGGUACGGCGAACCGGGGAUGCACCACGAGGACCACCACAGCCCGCAUCUGAGCGAACAUGGCCACCCGCAGAGCCUGCACUCGGACGAGGACACGCCGACCUCGGACGACCUGGAGCAGUUCGCAAAGCAGUUCAAGCAACGCCGGAUCAAGCUGGGUUUUACGCAGGCGGACGUGGGGCUCGCGCUGGGCACCCUCUACGGCAACGUCUUCUCCCAAACCACCAUCUGCAGGUUCGAGGCGCUCCAGCUAAGCUUCAAAAACAUGUGCAAACUCAAGCCCCUGCUGAACAAAUGGCUGGAGGAGGCGGACUCCACCUCGGGAAGCCCGACCAGCCUGGAUAAGAUCGCCGCGCAGGGGAGGAAGAGGAAAAAGCGGACCUCCAUCGAGGUGAGUGUCAAAGGGGCCCUGGAGAGCCAUUUCCUCAAGUGCCCGAAACCCGGUGCGUCGGAGAUCACUUCGCUGGCGGACAGUCUGCAGCUGGAGAAGGAGGUGGUGCGGGUCUGGUUCUGCAACCGGCGGCAGAAGGAGAAGCGAAUGACGCCCCAAAACGGACCGAUGGCCGGGAACGAGGAUGUGUACGGGGACGCCUCGCCUCAUCACGGCGCGCAGACACCUGUUCCGUGAGAAAGGGGCGGCCUGAACAUAAUCGACUGUCUCUUUGUCCCGGUCACAAGCCCGCUCGGGGCGGACCGACGGUGAUGAAGUGUCUCUGUGUGUGGCACCUCCGAGGGCGCGGAGCGCGCGUGGUUGCGCGAAUAAUAUACGGGCACGGGCGCGAGAAAACACGCUCUGAGGCGUUACGCGCCGCGGCUGAACCUAAAGAGGGAACGUAAAUAUUAUUUUAUUUAAGAGAUUUCUUUUCAAGUCCGGGGAUCUGUGAAAGCAUCAUAUCACUUCCAACCGAAAGCUGUGAAAAAAGGCGUCAGGGGCGCGCCAUCUUCCCCUCAAGACCACAAAAGGUUUCUUACUGAUUGAAAUUAAUCUGGUGCAGUCUACUGUGCAUUCUCUUACACAUAUUAAUGUCAAAUGCUUCAUUAUUAUUAUUAUUAUUAUUAUUAUUAUUAUUAUUAUUAUUAUUAUUAUUAUUAUUUCCGUCACGAUCACAAAAGGUUUAAUACUCAUUAAGAUUGAGUCUGCAUUUUAUUAGCCUUUAUAUAAUAAUGGCAAUAAAUAACCUAAUAAUAAUAAUAAACUAAAUAUCUCUAAAUUAUUUAAAUUAAAUAAAAAAUCCUAACACGCGAAAUUACCUACAACAACAACAAUAAUAAUAUGUAUUAUUAUUAUUAACAUUAUGUAGCUGUAUUAACUUAUCUAAAAGUAUCACUGUUAAAUGCAAACGUGAUCAAUUCUUUAAAAGUCUAAUUUCGGUCACAACAAAGGCUGCCAAGUGCCUCUGUGUGUCGUUCACAGGCAAAGCAGCCCGAUUUCAUGCAGAUCACGGAUUCACACUGCUGGUGCAAAACAGAGGCCUGAGGAAAACAGUAAAACCCAGAAUCGCACAGUGCUUUGGACCAUAUAGAAAUUUAUAUUUCUAUAAAUGAAAUUCAGUGAUACCAGCUGUUCAUAAGUAACCACCCAAAUGGGGUUUCCUUAACAUUGUUAAUGAUUUUUUUUAUAAUGCACCAAAAGCGUCCAUGAUUUGAGACAGUGGCUUGUUUAUUAAGAUUUUUCCUCGUCAUAAUUUAAACCAUUUUUGUUUAUUUACCCUUCUCUGGUUUAGGAAAUCUAAAAGAAACCAAAACGGACUCGUAUAAUUUAUGAGAUUUUAUAUGAAAGAUAAAAACAAACCAAGCUUUUAAUUUAAUUUCAUUCAUUUGUCUGGGAAACGCUUUAUAUGGAAAUUACAAGAUUUAAAAACAACAUUGACGACAAUAUAAUAUUAAUAAUAAUAAUAAUAUAGAGGCUAGUUGUUCUUGCUUUUAAUUAACACCGAUCAAGAUUUAAAAACAACAACGACAAUAUUAUAACAAUAAUACUAAUAAUAAUAAUAAGAGGCCAGUUUUUCUUGCCCAUUAUUAUUAUAAUAGCAUUGUAUGAAUUUGUGCGUCAACUAAAUGUAUAAGCCUCAAUAUGUUUGUAUCUUUUUGCUCUAUUGUGUUUCUUGUUUAUCCCAAAUGUCUCUUUUUUUACGAGAAAUAUUACACCAGCUGUGUUACAAUGAUUUGAUGGCCUGCAUCGAAAAACAAGGACAUUGUGCGUGGAAUUUUCAUUUUAAUUUUCUAUGGCUCUGUGAAUACUUGUAUAUUUGUGCACUUAACCUGGCACUGCCCAAGCACAAGCUGUCAGUGUGCCCUAUUGAGACCAGUAAUGUCUUUGGUUUUGACAGAAAAAUUGCACAGUUUUUAAACGCCUUUUGUCAUUAAAUGAAUACGUUUUUA